GACUAUGGAAGCUAUUGUCAUUCUAAAAACCCAUAAGGUUUAAUAAAGUUCUUCAGUACAGGAGACCUGUUGUCUUUAUUAGGUCUGGCCAAACUCACAGCCACGCGAUUGAUUCUUAACUGUUCCCUGACCUGAUGGAGCCGAGAAUUAGGGAUAAGCGGUAAAUCUCAUUACUUUUUCUUAUUGUCCUGAAAUUGUUUCUUUCCUAUUUUCCACAUAGGCAGCGUUAAGGUAUCUACAUUAACAUAAGCGUGCAUUUCCACAUCUUCCCUUUUUUUAAUGGAUGGAGUUAAUUUCUCUUUAAUAUUUUGCUGUUCUGCUUCAGGUUCCGCACAUAAACGGUCAGUUGUAGAGUUGUCAAAUCCAGGACAGGUGUAGAUUUUGGCGCAACCAUCUUUUCUUCUUCAAUUAAGAAUCAAAAUUUAGGAAGAAAUCAAAAUCCAUUUUGUAACACCCCGAGGAUGCCACCUGGCUAUUACCUGUACAAUGUCUAAAAGAGCUGAAGACUCGAGAUAGCUUUGGGGAGUUGGUGCCACUUGCUUGUUUUGCCCGAAGGUGCAGACUGGUCUGUUGAAUUGUAUUUAGCACGUGAUGUGGGUGAUCACAUACAUCACUGAAACUCCGACCUGCAAUGUUUCCUGUUGCUGCAUCUGGAGUUUCGACGUUGCGCAACCUGCCUGGUUUUCAGCGGGUUCAGAUCGAAGAUCGUCGAGGGGAGAAAGAAAUCUUUUCGGUUGCCCGCUAUUUAACUGUUUUUAUCUCUACUCUCACUCCACAAACUUCAAAAGGGAUCGCUUUGUCGUCGCUCGCAGACACAAGAAUUCUCUGGGUCAUGAAAUGCAAGCCAUGUAAUUCAUUAAACCAGACUACCAAGUUGGAAUAAUCACAUCUUCCUGAUAAGACACAGCAUUGCAUUGAAGAAAAACAGGAUCAUUGUACUCCAUAUAACAGACCUACUGACCCAAAACGAUGGAUUACAUUUACGAUAACUAUGGUUACUUUGAAUACAACAGUACUUUUGAUUAUAACGGCAUGGAAUUCUUGUGUACAAUGAAUGAUACCAGGAAAUUUACAUGGGUGUUUAUUCCAGUUUUGUAUUCAAUCAUCACUGCAGCAGGCGUUAUUGGCAAUGGUUUGGUUGUGUUAACCUAUUCCCUUUACAAGAAGGUGAAGUCUAUGACUGACAUGUACCUAAUGAAUUUGGCUAUAGCCGAUAUACUGUUUGUAGUUACUUUACCAUUCUGGGCUGCAAAUGAAGCAAAUGGGUGGAUCUUCAAGGACAUUGGAUGUAAAGUUCUCAAGGGGCUGUACAGCGUCAACUUCUACAGUGGGAUGUUGUUGCUAGCUGUUAUUAGUAUUGAUCGAUAUAUUGCUAUCGUUCACGCAACUAAGUCCUUCAAUUACAGAGGAAAGGCACUGAUUUACAGUAAAAUUAUUUGUGUAGUUAUCUGGCUAUCUGGAAUUGUUGUAUCCCUGCCAACAUUUGUUUUUAGUGAAAUGUACAAGUUUCAAACAACUGGAGAAUAUAUAUGUGAUAUCAGGUACCCUAAAAACUAUUCAAGUAUUGGUAAAAUGAUUGCUCCAACAAUACAACUCACACUGGGGUUUUUUAUACCUCUUUUAAUCAUGGUUUUCUGUUAUUCAUUAAUAAUUAACACACUUAUCCAAGCCAGAAACUUCCAAAGGCAUAAGGCAUUUCGAGUUGUAUUGGCAGUAGUGAUAGCAUUUGUCUUCUGCCAAGUGCCAUACAAUGUCAUUGUACUUUAUGAAACUUUAGUUAAAACAGACAAAUGUGACCUUCACAAACAAAUGACCAUUGUGCGUACAGUAACACAAUCUUUGGCCUUUUUACAUUGCUGUCUAAACCCUGUUCUCUAUGCAUUUAUUGGUGUUAAGUUCCGGUUUUAUUUUACAAAAAUUAUUCGAGAUAUCUGGUGUUUAAGCAAAAGGUACAUGACAUUUCGCCACAGUCCAUCCAGGCGUACCAGUGAAACAUUUGUGUCAAAGCGCACUUCUGAUUUUGAUAUUGACAACCCAUCAUCUUUUACGGUAUGAUCUUCACCUUUUUACAUUAACUCUUUAAAUUCAAACUUCACGCCAAAGUGGGAUGUUAAAAUACUGUUUCACAAUCUUUUCUGCUAAUAUAUUACUGCAUAGUGUAUGUAUAAGGAAUAUAAGAAUAGGAUUCGAGGUCUAGUAUGCUCUUUCACACCACAGAAUACUUUGAUUUUCCCCAUCUGUCACUUUGCUGAAUCUCUUGUUGAAAAUGAUAACUCCCAAGAAAAUAAACUUCCUGACAAAAGAAGCACAAGAUGAUAAUUUCAAAAUUAAAUUCUUAUCCAUCUAUAUUUAUAGUGGCAAGUGGAAAACAUUCCAUCAUUCUUCUGACUUGUGCCUCGUUGAUGGUGAAAGGGCUUUGGUGGGCCAAAAGGCGAGUUAUUCACCAAUUAAUAGCUAGCCUUUGAUUUGCUGUUGUAGUCACAAUUUAUUUGGCUGGUCUAAUUAGAUUUGUACCCUCGAAUGCCAAUAGCAGGGGAUUCAAUAACAGCAAAUGCCAUGAAUGUCAAGGGAAGGUGGUCAGGUUCUCUUUUAUUACAACUAGUCAUUGAAUGGCACUUGUGUAUCAUGUAUGUUAUUUGUCAAUUUACAUCACAAUUCCUGUUCAGAUCUUGCAGCAACUAAAUUAAUCAUGGGUAAUUUAUAAGCUCAGUGUUUAUUGAACUGAUGAUAUAAGAAUCUAAGAGAAAGUAGUAAGACAUAGGAUCAUGUGGGACAGUCUGCCAUUCAGUUAGAUCGGGGAUGAAUUUUCCACAUCAACUUCACUUACCUGCCAGAUCCCUGUACCCCUUAAUUUCCUUAGUUCCUCACAAUGUUAUCUAAUUCAAUAAGAUCACCUCACAUUCUUCAAAUUCAUGGAUCUAUUCUACUCACUCUUUUAAAAAAUGAUAGUGCAGGAAUCCCAAGAGUGAAUAUAGAUAACCUGUGAUGCAACCAUUCUUGCUCAUAUCCUCUGAGAUAUCUUCUGAAAACUCAAUGUCAGUUUUCACACUAAAAUAAAACAAAGAACUGUAGAU